AUGGUAUUUGAUUUGGUAGUUGAUUCUUGUUCAGAGCAAAUGAUAAGAGAAAUGGUAUUUGCUUUAAGCGGCGGUGGAGGAGGGCAUUCUUCAGGUUUUGGUUGCGGUGGAGGAGGGCAUGGAGGAGGAGGUGGAGGAGGGCAUUCUUCAGGUUGUGGUUGCGGUGGAGGAGGCGGUGGAGGAGGGCAUUCUUCAGGUUUUGGUUGCGGUGGAGGAGGCGGUGGAGGAGGGCAUUCUUCAGGUUGUGGAGGCGGUGGCCGUGGAGGAGGCGGUGGAGGAGGGCAUGCUUCAGGUUUUGGUUGCGGUGAAGGUAACGGUGGUGGAAAUCCACCGACACCCCUGCCGGAAAUGAUUUCUAAGGAUUUUCUGUGGAUAAUAUGGUUGUUCCCAGUAGAUAGAGUGCAAUGUAGUUGUAAAAGUGAAAGAAAAAGAAGAAGUAGAGAGAUUGAAGCCAUUGAUUAG